AUGGCGUCCGAUGCUGGCCUCACUCGAUCUACCUUUGCCAAGCUUUCACCUCACCCGUAUCUGCUUGCCAACCUCAAGCCUACCAACGAUGUACGCCCAGCCCGAAGCAAUGGGCGAGCCUCAGAUGAGGUCCGAGUCCCGACAGUAAACGCCUCAAGCUUAUCGCAUGCAAAUGGAAGCGCUCUAGUACGCAUGGGCGACACCACUGUCAUCUGCGGCGUACGAGCAGAGACUAUCCUGACUCAAAACAUCCCGAGCUAUCGUGCCUCCAAUACCGAAACGGAGCUGAAAGAGUACGACCUCUUGGUUCCAAACAUCGAGCUUGCUACAGGAUGUGCCCCUCAGUUUCUUCCUGGUGGACCACCAAGCACUCUUGCCCAAACUCUCAGCACACGGAUAUACUCCCUCCUUCACAGCUCCAAUGUUAUUAAGCCGGAAGACCUGCGAAUAUGGCACACAACAUCGUUGGAAGAUCUAGAAGCCGCUGAAGAUCGUAUGGAAGAGGAUGAUAUAGACACUUCCAACGAGAACCGGUCUGUUGUGGCUUACUGGGUGCUCUACAUCGAUAUCUUCUUUAUCUCAUUCGAUGGAAACCCAUUUGACGCUGCUUGGGCUGCUACCAUGGCCGCACUCCGAGACACAAAGCUUCCUGGAGCACGAUUCGAUAUGGACAGAGAGAUGAUCGUCUGCUCCCGUAAAGAAUCCAAGUCUCUAAGCAUCAACAGCAUCCCAAUCGCCUGCACAGCAGUCGUUUUCACUGGCAAAGAAACCGACCGACCUACUGAUGGCGAGUUUUGGAUGCUCGUCGACCCUGACAGGCUGGAGGAGUCACUUUGCGACGAGAGUGUGACAAUUGUGGUGGACUGUAAGGAUGGCAAUGUCAAGAUUUUGUCCCUCUCAAAGCAUGGAGGAACGGCCUUGACUCCUCAGUUCCUCACAUCAGAGCAAUUCCUGGGCUGGGCUACUAAGCGAUGGGAACAAUUCAGUGCCGCCAUCGCGCAAUCAUAG